UCCUCUCUCUAGUAUAGGCAUAGCUUCUUCCGCGUCGGGUCUUCUCUUCUCGUGAGAGGGGGGGAACUGAAAUGCCGGGGGCUACAACAGCCAUGGAGCCAGUCGAGCCUCAGUCUCUGAAGAAGCUGAGCUUCAAAUCCCUAAAACGCGCUCUCGACUUCUUCUCCCCACUCCACUCCCAAUACCCUCCUCCUGACUCUGAAAGUAAGAAGAUACGGAUCAGUUACAAGUUGCACGCUGAGUAUGGGGCUGUAAGAAACUCGUCUACUCAGCCUGCUCAGGAAAAUUCCAGCACAACUCCACAUGAACAAGGUGAUCAGGAUGCCACUACUCCUGAGGUUUUGGGUCUACAAGGUAGCCAAGAUUCUAGAGAUGCACAAAAAGCAGAGGGUCGGAAUGCUAUUAUUGUUGCUCCGACUAUGCAGCCAAAAGCAUCAAAUGAUGCAGGUGUGCCAGGUAAAAGUGCCACUGGGCCUAUAGUGUCUGUUCCUGGAACAUCUGAAAGGCAUCAAUCAUCGACCGCUGCUAUUAUUGAAAGGAUUCCAAGCAAAUGGCCUCGUCCAGUUUGGCAUGCACCAUGGAAGAACUAUCGGGUUAUUAGUGGCCAUUUGGGAUGGGUGAGGUCCAUUGCAUUUGAUCCAAGCAAUACAUGGUUUUGUACUGGGUCUGCAGACCGCACCAUAAAGAUAUGGGAUGUAGCAACUGGACGACUAAAGCUUACAUUAACGGGGCACAUUGAACAGAUACGAGGUCUUGCUGUGAGCCAACACCAUACCUAUAUGUUCUCUGCUGGUGAUGAUAAACAAGUUAAAUGCUGGGACCUUGAACAAAACAAGGUCAUCCGGUCGUAUCAUGGGCAUCUAAGUGGUGUUUACUGCUUAGCUCUUCAUCCUACUAUUGACAUUUUACUUACUGGGGGGCGUGAUUCUGUUUGUCGGGUUUGGGAUAUUCGAAGCAAGACCCAGGUUUUUGCUCUCUCUGGGCAUGAUAACACUGUUUGCUCAGUUUUUACUCGUCCCACGGAUCCUCAGGUGGUGACUGGCUCUCAUGACACAACCAUUAAGUUUUGGGAUCUUAGAGGUGGGAAAUCAAUGCUAACCCUCACCCAUCAUAAGAAAUCUGUUCGAGCAAUGGCACAGCAUCCUACAGAGAACAGUUUUGCAUCUGCAUCAGCAGACAACAUAAAGAAAUUCAACCUUCCUCGAGGAGAGUUUCUGCAUAAUAUGCUCUCCCAGCAGAAAACUAUCAUAAAUUCCAUGGCAGUCAAUGAAGACGGUGUGAUGGCAACAGGAGGUGACAAUGGGAGCAUGUGGUUUUGGGAUUGGAAGAGCGGCCAUAACUUCCAGCAGUCCCAGACGAUCGUACAGCCUGGGUCUUUGGACAGUGAAGCUGGAAUCUAUGCUCUAUCGUAUGAUGUUACAGGUUCAAGGCUGGUGACAUGUGAGGCUGACAAGACAAUCAAGAUGUGGAAACAAGAUGAAAUGGCCACUCCGGAAACCCAUCCUCUCAACUUCAAGCCACCGAAGGAUCUCCGCCGUUUCUGAUGAUCUGUCAAAGAGCAAUUCCAAGUCUGCAAUAUUCGUAUUGUUUUACACCGAAUGGUAUUGUAGUCAGAGCGAUCUAUGGUAAUUCUCCCCAUGUGUUUCAUUGUGUCGUGUGCUUGAUCCAUGACGUUAAUCAGUUGAGUCCUAGUGUAUGCACCAUGGCCUGGAAAUCAGGCCUGCCGACUGACAAGAUGAAUGAUGCAGAUCUUAAAAGCAUGCCACGAGUGAGGAGUGUGCCAUGCUGGAUCGCUAAUUAGAGUAAUGAACCAAUUGCUAUCAGAGUUUGAGAAAAUAUGAAUGGAGAAAGUGUAAAAAAGCAUGCUUCGGGGAAUUCUUUUAGCACCAAAGUGUGGAUUUUAAUUGGAUAGCUUUAUCUUCUUCUUCUUCUUCUUCUUCUUCUUCUUCUUCUUUUUUUGUGCUGUAAAAGAUAGCUUUAUAUCGUUUAUUUGUCUCCAUGUAAGUGUUUUAUUUAUAUAGGUCAAAAUAAACAAUUCAUCUGA